AUGGCUCUUCUAAAGUCGGUAUUAUUCUUUCUCUAUCUGGUGCUUUCUCUAGUUAGUGCACUCCCUCCGAAGCAUGCUAUGCCCCAUGGUAUAUGUACCGAAAGAGUCCAACGCAAAGCCUGGCAAACACUUACCUAUAGCCAGAAGAAAGCUUAUAUUGAUGCCGACCUCUGCCUGAUGAAGUCACCCCCGAAGCUUGACGUCCGGGGUGCACAAAACAUUUGGGAUGAACUUCAAUACGUCCAUAUUCUGCAGUCAAACGUUGUCCAUUUUACAGGCUCGUUCCUCCCCUGGCAUCGCCUCUUCAUGCAUGCACAUGACUACCUCCAGCGCACAGAGUGCAAUUACACCGGCCCCCAGCCUUACUGGGACGAAAUUCUUGAUAUGGGAGCCUUGAACGAGUCCAUCGUCUUCGAUCCCAAUACUGGGUUUGGUGGAAAUGGCGCAGGGAAUGACCUCUGCGUUGCCGAUGGGCCCUUUGUGAACCUCACAUUGCACCUUACCCAGUUCUCAAAUGAUGCCAACUAUUGCCUUAGCCGGAACUUUAACCAAACAGCAUUUCAGGAUGGAAAUAAAAGCAAUCUGGAUGCGUGCUUUUCAAAGGCCACCUACUCGGACGCCUGGCCUUGUUGGUCAACCUCGCCGCAUGGGGCCGCUCAUUUAGGUGUGAAUGGGGUGAUGUACGAUGCAGUUGGCUCUCCAGGAGAUCCUAUAUUUUAUCUCCAUCAUACCUAUCUCGAUCAUCUUUGGUGGCAGUGGCAGCAGCAGGAUCUUCCUGCCCGUCUCUUCCAAAUGAGCGGCCGAAACGUUCCAACACCCGAGCAGUUAGCAAUGGCAAACUGGACCUUCCCAUCAGCCGCAAUCCUGAACUAUGACGGUGACCCCGCAAAUGAAACGACACUCCACCAUAACCUCUGGAUGGUCGGCCUGAUUCCGAAUGCUACAGUCGGGGAUGUUAUGGAUCUUGGAGGGAAUCUCAUUUGUGUGGAGGAAGCAUAA